UCAAAAAACCCUCCUCCUGCAAAUGCUAUUCAUCUUCUUCGCCUUCUACCUAUCCAUCCAUAGAUUCUUGCUUCUCAUUCUUCCAUACUUCGUAAAUUUCUCAGAAAUUUCUGAAAACCCAUUACAGACUCAACACAACCACGCAGAAAUCUACCCAAAAAUUAGAUUAAAAAAAGAAAAUGGAAUCUAGAAAUCAUAAACAACAAUCGACUUCAUGCCCUUCGCCUUUACCAUCCUCUUCUUCUUCACUCCUCAAAGACAUUUCAAAUUACAGGACCCCUAAAAAUGUCUCAAAAACUCCUAAUUUCCCUUUUUCUCCGUAUCCUGAAUCCAAUCCUAAAUUUUUCACGGUCCAGAAAGCUGCUACCCCUGUUUCCUCUUCGUCUCGGAGGAAGACAUCGGUUACCACGGCCAAGUUAAAGGUUGCCCGUAGAUUGAAAGCUUUUGAACUCGAGCAAUCCAAGUCAGCCAGGAGAAAUGAGAUUAGUAAAGAGAAGUCUUUGAAAUCACUGGCAAAAUCGCUUUCGGUUUGGUUGAACUUUCUCUUUGAGAACCCAAAAUCUUGUGGAUGCGACGUGUCGACGUUUACUGGAGAAUUUGACCCCAUUGGUGGGGAUUCUGGGGUGGCAGAGAAGAAGGAGGGUUUGACCAAGGGGAAAAGAGAGACCGGGCCGGGCAAUGGGGUUAAGGUUGGCAUUGACGGGCCUUGGCGUGGGCCGAAGAGGCAAAAGGAUCUAACGUGGAGAGAAGGUUCGGGGAAUGGAGAGAGGGUCUCUGGGUGUCCAGAUUUGACGUUUUCGGCACUGCAGGGUUCGUUGAGGGAGGUUUGCAGUUUUAAUGACUUAAAGGAGAGAAUGAGGGCUUACUUGAGCUUGGAAAGCUGUAAUGAGAUAUUUGAUAUGAUGACUCAAGUAGCAAAGAAUAUUGAUGAGGGGCGAUUGAAGAUAAGGGCCAACUGCCCGAUAGUGACAGAUUUUGGGAUGAAAGAGAGAUCCAUGGGAAUCCUUAUGAGUUACAACCCAGUAUGGUUGCGAAUAGGACUACACAUUAUUUUAGGAGGUGACUCGCUUUUGCCAAAUGCAGAGGUUAAUUCUGAGGAAGAAAUGGCGUUCUUGAGGAUGGUAAUUGAGAAGCAGUUCCUGUCACAUGCUGAGCUUGCUAAGACCUUUGCUUAUAACAAAAUGGUUGAUGGCCUAUAUAGGCCGGGUUACUUUGAGAAGCUCGGAAAUGUUAUUUUGAAGCGAUUUUUGUUGCUUGUGCUCGUACUUGACAGAGCCAAAUCUCAUAGCAGCCUACCCACUAAAUAUGGCAUAGAUGGAUUGGAUGGGGGUUCUCCCCUAUUGUUCUCAUUGAAAUCCAAUAUUAAGUCAAGCCGUCAUCUGAUUACUGAUUUUUUAUCAACGGAUGUGAUGCAUGGAGAAGGUAAUCUUCUUGCACAUCUAAUGAUUGUAGGGUAUAAAGUGACUUACCAACAGAGUUCUUUGAUUGAGUAUAGCUUUAGAGUGAAGGAUUUAUUUGAAGAUCUUCAAGAUGGUAUCCGGCUUUGCCGAGCCAUUCAGCUAUUGCAACACGAUUCUUCCAUUCUAUUGAAAUUAGUAGUCCCAUCAGAUACUCACAAAAAGAGUCUAUCCAACUGUGGCAUUGCUCUCCAAUACUUGAAACAAGCUGGAGUGCCACUUUGCGAUGAAGACGGAAUGUUGAUUACCGAUGCAGAUAUUGUUAACAGAGAAAAGGAGCUUGUACUUUCUUUGCUGUGGAACAUGUUUGUUCACUUGCAGUUGCCCCUUCUAAUCAACAAAAAGCUUUUAGCCGUGGAGAUAUCCAAAAUAAGAGGAGUUGUUACGGAACAUUCAAACACUUGCUCUACAUUGGACAUGCUUCUUAACUGGAUCCAGGCAAUAGGUGAUAGCUAUGAUUUGACGGUUGAAAAUUUCUCUUCACUGGUUGAUGGAAGAGCCAUGUGGUGCUUGUUGGAUUAUUAUUUCCGCAAACAACACCAUUCUGCCUUAUCCUCUAAGGAUCUGGGUAGAACAAAUGAAACAGUCUCUCUAGUGUCGGCAAAUGAAUACACAGAUGCAGUGCACAACUUCAUAUUGUCUCAGAAAUUGACAUCACUAUUGGGCAAUUUUCCUGAGGUUUUGCAAGUCAGCGACAUACUUGAACAUAAUGGUGCAUGUAACGAUCGUAGUGUAGUUAUUCUGUUGGUGUUUCUGUCAUUUCAACUGCUUGUGAAAAGAAACAAGGAUCAGCUAAAUUUUCAUAAGUUGCUGGGUUUUUACUGUCAAACUCCAGAAAGGAAAUGCUCAAGUACAAAGUAUUGGUUUCUGCAUUCUCCAGCUGUUUCAAAUGCAAAAGAGAAUCUGUUCAGCCAUGGUGAAGAUGCUUCGAGGAAUUUCAAGGCCAUAAUGGCUUGGUGGCAAGAAAUGGCUCAGAGGAACAACAAAUGCAAUUUAAAGACAGCUACCAUAAGUCCACUGUGGUACUUGACUAGCAGAAGGGAUAGCAUUAUCAGAAGAGAAAAUGCAGCAAAAAUAAUACAGUCUCAUUUCAGACGAUCAGUGCAAUUUCGCAGAUAUAUGAAAAUUAAAAAAGCAGCCUGCCUGUUGCAAACUGCUAUACGUGCUUGGCUGAGCAUAAAAUCAAGAUUGCCAAUCAAGCAAUUUGGUGAACUAAACCGUCAUAAAUCAUUCCUUUCUACGAGGAUGAGUUCUAACAAUUGUGAUAUGUACAUGACCUUUAUGGUUGACCGGCAUAGCUUUGUCCAGUUGAAGAGAUCAAUUGUAGUCAUCCAGCAUGCUAUACGAGCCUGGAUUUCAAGAAGCCGUGCUCAAAAUAUGCUGUGUCACAAUUUGUCAAAUGCGGCCAUUGUUAUCCAGAAAUGUUUUCGUGGAUGGAAAGCUAGAUCUGUGUAUUUCUGCAAGCGUAGUAGUAUUCAAGACGAAGCUCUCACCCAUUUCCAAGAAAAGGAAUUGUGCAAUCUUCAUACACAUGCUGCAUUUACUAUCCAAAAAGCUUGGAGAAAUUUCAUUGUUGGCAAUUCUCUCAGAAAGCAGCACUUGGCUGCAAUUAAAAUCCAAAGCUGCUUUCGUAGGUUGAUGAUGAGAAAACAUUUUUUAGAGCAAAAUAGCGCCGUACUAAAAGUUCAAAGCAUUUUCCGAUGCUUGAGAUGUUCGAGGGAACUCCAGCACUACAGAAAGAAGUGUAGGGCAGCAACAACUAUCCAGUCUCAUGUUCAAGGAUGGAUUGCACGAAGAAGAGCAUAUAUGCUGAGAUCUCAUGCCUUGAUAAUCCAAAGCCAUUUCCGUGGGUGGUUAACGAGGAAGGAGCUGUUAUUCGAGAAAGAGGCUGCUAUAAAGAUUCAAAAUGCCUUUCGGUGUACGAAACAACAGAAGGCAUACUUCUGUACCAGAGUUGCUGCUGUAGAUAUCCAACGGUUUGUCAGGGGACACGUGACAAGGAAAAGGAUUCUUGGUGCUUCUUUUUGCCGGAAGGUCUCAAACAAUGGCAUCAGAAACUUUGAACUGAAAAUAAUUACACUAUCAGUUCUGAAGUUACAGAGGUGGUGGAAGGAUGUUUUAUUCAAGAAGCUGAGAACUGAGUCUGCAAUUAUUAUCCAGUCCUAUUAUCGGGCGUGGAUUGCCCGUCAAAGACUCGCAAGAGACAGGCAACGAAUUGUUGUCAUCCAAUCAUACUGGAAAGGUUACCUUGCAAGAAAAGCUUCCAGAGGGCAGCUACUAGAUUUACGUUUGAGAGUGCAGAAAUCUGCUGCCAAUAUAGAUGAUAGCAUGCGCCUAAUAAACAGACUUGUUGCAGCUCUUUCUGAGCUCCUGAGUAAGAGAAGUAUUAGCGGCAUUCUCCAUACAUGUGCAACGCUUGAUAUGGCUACAGAACAUUCACAGAGAUGUUGUGAAGAACUUGUUGCUGCAGGAGCUAUCGGUACUUUGCUGAAGCUAAUUGGCUCUGUCAGCAGGAGCAUACCAGAUCAAGAAGUUCUGAAGCAUGCACUGUCUACUCUUAGAAACCUGGCUCGCUACCCUCACUUGACAGAAGUGCUUAUCGAGAAUGAUGGAUGUGUCAAGACAAUUUUAUGGGAGUUUAUACGUAACAAAGAGGAGGGGUACUUUAUUGCGUCUGACCUACUUAAGAAGAUAUGUGUAACCAGAAAAGGAGUAGAGGCUGUGGACAAGCAACCAGCUCUUUUGAAACGAUUACACAGCCUUGUGGAAGACCUUGCAAAGAAGGCUGGAAACGAGAAGAGGAGCAACCGGGACUUGGUAUCCAGAGAACAGAUUGAUAGAAGAUUAAGAGAAGCCGUUGAGCUCAUUGCAUUGAUCAGAAAUGGAAAGACCUUUUGUCAAUGAUCGUUUGGCAGAGCAUGUUUUUUUCAUACAUGUGUACAUACUUAUGUCCUGCUCUUGUGAAAUGGUUUGGUGACAGUUGAUUCAUUAUGGUAUGCCAUGGGAACUGCCAUGUAUGUAAUGCAUAUGUGUGUGUGAUUUUACCUCACCCCAACAACCCCCUCCCUCACCCCCCCACCCCCCCGGGGACCCAAAAAAAAUACCCUUCUGCUAUGAAUUCCAAGCUUCUUGUUCUUGACCAUCUUUGGUCGAGGACAAUAUGGUGUAUUCAACAUUUUAAAGCGUUUGCUAUUACUAAAGAUGUGAUUGUAACAGAGGUAAGUAGCAUAUUAGUAGUAGAAAUUGGCAAAAAGAUGAAGCUUAUCUUA